UGGGUCCGGACUGCGCAUGCGAAUUUUGUGUCGGCGGAUUUGAAUGUGAUGGCGGGUAAAGUCGCGACGCGGGAGGGGAUUACUCUCCGGGGCAGCGCCGAGAUCGUGGCGGAGUUCUUCAAUUAUGGCAUCAACAGCAUCUUGUACCAACGUGGAAUCUAUCCACCAGAAUCUUUCACACGAGUGCAGAAGUACGGGCUCACAAUGCUUGUUACAACAGAUCCUGUCCUUAACAGUUAUCUGAAGAAUGUAGUUGGCCAGCUGAAAGAUUGGUUAUGUAAUCAUUUUGUUCAACGGCUUGUGGUGGUUAUCAACUGUAUUGAAACAAAUGAGGUGCUAGAAAGGUGGCAGUUCGACAUAGAGUGUGACAAAACCAUGACAGGAUAUAGUCAAGCAAGAGAAAAAUCAGAAAAAGCUAUCCAAGAUGAAAUCCGGUCUGUCAUUAGGCAGAUAACUGCUACAGUAACGUUCUUGCCUUUGCUCGAUACUGCAUGUUCUUUUGAUCUACUCAUAUAUACAGAUAAAGAUCUGGAGGUACCAGAAAAAUGGGAAGAAUCAGGACCACAGUUUGUAAACAAUUCUGAAGAGGUUCGUCUACGAUCUUUCACUACCACCAUACACAAAGUGAAUAGUAUGGUUGCAUACAAAAAAAUUGAUUCAUUUUCAUAAGGCAUAAUGUACAGAAUCGCUUUGUAUAGUAAGCUGUGUAUUUGUACAAAAAUUCCUCUGUUUAAUGGUCUCACCACUUUAUGUAUACUUGAGAAUGAGUCAACUGUCCAUACUGUAAUUGUCUAAUCUUGGUUUCCAUUUUCAGAGUAUAGUUUCUAUGUGCUUGAAAAAAUUUCUUUGUAACUUUUAUUUCCCUCAUGGCAUAAUUCAUAGAUGUUUUACCCAUGUGUUAGUACCAUAUUUUACAUUAGGAAUCAAUUUUAAUAAGAUAAUUUAUAUCAUUGGAUUUAUUUUAGUUUUUCAAAACUAAAGAUGAUAUGCAGGUGAUAAUCAAGCUGAAAGAGUGGCAGCAUCUUGGGUUUUUACAGCUUCUAAUUCUCUCAAGUGCAGUUUACUAAUUUUUCCCAUCUCUUCCUCCCACAAAAAGAAACCCUAAUAUUGAUGUUGGUGGUUUUUUCCUCCAGAAAACAAGUACAAGAUAUCUUUAAUUGGGCUGAGACAUUUAAAUCAAAAAUCAUUUGGGAAUUGUUUCUUGAAGGUGGUAUGGUUAACCCAUGUAUUAGAAAUUAGAUUUGACUCUUAUGCAUUUCAACUUGUAAUUGUAUUGGGAAGUUUAGUGUGCCAUCAGCAGAUCUGAAGACAGCAUCAGUUCCCCUCUAGAGAAGCAGAUAAUUAUUAGAAUAGUCCAAAAUGCUUAAUUCUUACAGCUAUAUCAAACUAAUUUGACAGUAGCUAGAGUACUUGUAUAUUUACUGUCUUUGACAACAUCAGUUUGGAAAAACACUGGAUUUAUUUCAGCUUUUACAUAUUUGAAUAUUUUCUUUAUUGUCUUUGCAUUCAGUGUAUUAA